AUGCUCAAGUGGACAACGCGGAUUUUGCUUCUCAGUAUCUUUGUUUCUACUUGUAGCUGGCUGGAUACCAUCAAGGAUCGGUGGUAUGUUCUGGACCCAACAGAGCUUCAUGAACUUGCGAAAAGUGCGAUUGAUGCAUCUCCAAACAAUACCGCCGGAAUGAUAGAUCACAUAAUCGCUAAUCUGACCGCCACAUACCCGUCUAAGGAAAUUCGUAUCAAUACAGACUCUAGUGAAUGGGUCUUCAACAACGCGGGCGGUGCUAUGGGUGCCAUGUACAUCAUUCAUGCCAGCAUCACCGAGUAUCUGAUUAUAUUUGGUACUCCCCUCGGUACCGAAGGUCACACUGGCUUACAUACUGCCGACGAUUACUUUAAUAUCCUUGUUGGAGAGCAGUGGGCGUUUAGGGCCGGUGAAUUAGAAAUGGAGCGUUAUCCGGCAGGCAGCGUCCACUAUCUCCCCAGAGGUACAGCUAAACAAUACAAGAUGCAUAAAGGCUGCUUUGCGUUGGAAUAUGCUCGUGGCUGGAUUCCGCUUAUGUUACCAUUCGGUUUUGCGGACGCGCUUACAUCUACUCUAGAUAUUCCGACUCUGUACAAUACCGUCAGAGUAACCGCAAGGGAGAUGAUACAAAAUCUCUUGAUCGGCAAAAUCUAA